UCAUAUUGAGGUAAUUACCUGGGGGAUCACAUGUUUGCGGGGGGAGACAUUUUAUUGUGAUUAUAACUCACCUGUUGAUUUUGCACCUGUAAAUUAUAGGGGAGAGUGUGGGCUGGGUGGCCACAUUUUUUGUUGACCGCUUUUUUGUCGCUUUUUUCCCAUUUUUGUGCUUUUUUCUUUUUCUUACAGUAAGCCAGAGUUAUCCUAAGUUGAUUUAAUUACCUUUUUUUGUUAUUAAUAAAAGGUUCAAAGUGUUACCUAAUUCAAGCCCCUUUGUUUAGGGCUUUUUGUUUCAUGUUUAUUUGUCCAGUAUAGUUGCAAAAAAGCUAAAUAAACAAAAUCCGGUAUGUCUGGACACACAAAGACUUUUCUCUGAUUUAGCAUUUUUGAAUAUUUUACUGAUUUUUAUUGGUUUCAUUUUGUUUGUUUGUUUUUUGGUUGUGUUUCAGUGUGUUUGGAUUCAAGUUCUAUUGCUGAUAAAAAUAUAUAUAUGUGUAUUUUUGAAUGUUCUUGAAACAAAUGUGUAUCUGUUGGGUUAAAACUGACGCAUAACACGAGAGAAGUUACUAGAGUUCAUCAUUUUAAUUAACUUUAUAUUCUGUAGAAUUUAAGUAAGAUAAAACCUUUGUUUUAUUUGUAGAAUUCUCUUGAGGUUAUUUUUUUUCUGUUUUCAUUGAAAUCUAGAAACAUUCUUAUGUUUUAAAGGACCAGAGAUCCACAGAUAAUAAAAAAACAACAUUUCCAUGGAUGUGGAAGCCUAACAAGAUAACAAUAAAUGGAUAAUAGAUGAGAGUUACUGCUGCAACAUUUCUUCCUUAGAUUAGAUGUUUACACACCAGUCCAGGCUGGAUUGGAUUUGGUUUUUCAUGUUUCGCUAUGGAUUACGCUCUCCGAUCUCAGGGCGUCUACUGUCCCGAGUGUUCGAACAGAAAAAGUAAGGACGGCUUUUUAAUAGAAACUAGUUAAUUAAAAAUGUGCUUCUAUUGGUGUGGAGUAAGCCUGCCCCUGCUUCCCGACAUCCUUCAGCAUACAUACUCUCCAACUAGCUUACAGCUUUGUAACAAAAUGAGUUUUGAGCCAGAUACCAACUCGGACGAGGAAAACAAAGACUAGUCGUCUGCAUGUGGAUGGAUCAGGAUGGAGCUUGUGGCUCGCUUAUUCAUAUGUUUAAUUUUACGAUUUGAGUAAAGAAAUACUCAGAAAAUGUUCUUUGAUCUGGAGCAUCAAGCUGAGAGGAAUUCUGGGAUUAACCUUCAUAUGGCAUGCAGAGGAAUUCUGGGAAUAUAUGGAGAGCAGUGAGCUGAUGUCUUAUGCUUUGACUUCCUUCAGAGGGAAAUCUUCUCAGACCCACAACUGCAGGGGAAAAGGUCAAAGGGUGACCCCCCCACACACAUUCACUCUGGAGCUGUGAUGGAUGGAGGUCCAGCUGUGGCGUUCACGGCCCUCCCCAUGAAGGAAACUCCUGCUCUGCGCUGAGAAAAAAACAAAAAACGGUCGAAUGGAAAUGAGGGAUGGGCCAAACUGCUUGUCUCGAGUGGAGCCGGAUUUGUCUCACGGAUCAGAAAGUCUUUUUUUUUUUUUUCCUUCGUUAGGAAACACGCUGGACAGCCGCGAGGACGGUAAAGGACCGGAUCUAGUUUGUUUUUGACUUUAUUUCAAGGACUGCAUUCAACAGCACGGACUGACCCCUUCCCCGGGACGCGGCUCACUGCUAGGGGGGCGGAGGAGAGCUCGAUGCGGCUGACCGCAGGUCCGGGAACUAUGAGCGGCGGCUCCGCUAACUUCCUGCUGGUCCCCAUCCCGGAGUUCCCGCUGCCGGACAGCGCGCUCGCCAGGACCGUGAAGAUCGCGGUUCUGGGAGCCAGCAACGUUGGGAAAACCGCUCUGAUCGUCAGGUUUCUGACCAAGAGGUUCAUUGGGGAUUACGAAGCGAACACAGGUGAGUGUGUGUCUGUGCUGCUAAAACAAAACAAAAAAAAAAGCCAACCUUCAUCCUCGUCAUUUAUCCUCGUCAUCAACCCUCUCUCUGGGUCUGCAGGGGCGCUUUACUCCAGGAAGGUGACUCUGGACGGAGAAGAGGUGUCCCUGCAGGUCCAGGACACUCCUUGCGUGGCUCUCCAGGAUGAUCCUGAAGGCCUGUACUGCCAGGAGCAGAUCAACAGGUCAAUCUACUGGGCAGAUGGAUAUGUGUUGGUUUUUUCCAUUACAGACCACAGCAGCUACAGAACCAUCCAGCCUUUAUACCAGCAUGUCAGGCGUAUUCACCCGUCUGGAAACAUUCCCGUUAUUUUGGUUGGCAACAAGAGCGACUUGCUGCGAGCAAGGCAGGUGUCAGCAGACGAAGGCGAGACGUUAGCGGCAUCUCUGGGAGGGGCUUACUUCGAGGUGUCUGCCAGAGAAAACCACGAGGGAGUCCAUGCCGCCUUCCUGCAUCUCUGCCAGGAGGUGAUCCGAGCACUCGGAGGAGGGAAUGGAGAGAAAAGGAAGGGAGGCCUCCACCUGGCCAGACCCAAAUCUCCCAACAUGCAGGAGCUGAAGAGGAGGUUCAGGCAGGUCCUGUCAUCCAAAGUCAAGUCAGCGACAACCAUCUGAUCCCAUCUGUGAAGUGAGGAGGACUGUGGCUUCCCGCCACGGCGGCAGAGACAGAAGAAACUUGAAGCUCUCAUGACCUGCUCCUCAGAGCCCCUCUGGGAGCGCAUGGACUAUGAGGGACAGCGAGCUCUCAGACGGGCAACGCUCCCCGAGGAUGGAAAGGUCACGGUGGGAUGUUCAGUGUCUCAAUGAUAAGAUCAAAGUUUCUGAACAAGAAAGACGACUCUGUGAUCAUUGUGUUUGCAGAUUAGCAAACUGAAACAGACUAAAAAAAGGCUUUUGUUUACUCACCCCACACAACAUGGUCAGAUCCAGCUUCCUGUGGUUUCAAACAGGAAGUGACCUCAGAGAGGAACAUCAAAGUGGAUAAAAGCCAGAAAAAGCUCUAAAGCUAAUUUCAGAUCCACAAAUUUUUCAUCUACGAAUGAAAAGCAGUAAAAUUUUGGAUUUUAAUUUUUUAUUUUUAUGACAUUUGCAGUUUGAGCAUCCAGAUUUUGUGUUUGUGUGACUUUGAAGAUAAUGCAGCAGCUGUUCGGCUCCAACAUCCAUUUGAGUUUUCCUCCAUGUCAAACCAGCAGGAGACAGACUGGAAAUGCAGUGACAGAGUGUGUACAUAUUUUAGUGUGUGUGUGAAUGUGUGUGUGUGUGAUGGUUUUUGCCACCUUGUAAGAACUUCCUCCUAACUGAAGACAUACACGUGGGGACUUGUUGUACGGUGGGGACCUGAGUUGAGGUCACCACGGGCAAAUGCAUUCUGAUAGGUCCAGAACAGUGUGUAAACACCCCCCUAAAAUUUUUCAAAGUCCUCACAAUAGCCAUCUAAAGACAAAAUUGUGUGUGUGUGUGUGUGUGUGCAGGCGCCCCCCAGUGGUCACACUUGACAUGUGUGUGUGCUCUGUCGUUCUCAUGACCUUUCCCCUCUCCUAAAGUUCCCAGAAUUCCCUGUUAGGACAAAUUCUUUGUGGCAGGAAAGGUUCACAAUUUAAGGUCAUUCAAGGAGUUUUACAGAAAAAAAUCAAAUAUUAGCAAAUCUCCAAAAAAAAUACAGUAAAAACAUUAAAUCAUAAUUAAAAUUACGUUAAAACUAGAAUUAAAGAUCUGGUUCUAUAACACACUCAGACAAAUGCAUAUAGACGCACAAACUCACCACAUUUUGUGUGAUCUUUGACCUUUGGUGCUAGAAACUGGGAUGUCCCUAAAACCCUCCCUCCUCCAUAAAUUAUCAUGUUACACCACAAAGAAGACGAUUACCACACUUUCAUUUGAGAAAAAAUUUCCCUCCUGUGUUUUGAUCUGACC